AUGUGUCUGAGUUAUGAUUGGCUCACUGACACAAUCUACUGGACGGACUCUGGCGCAAAUCAAAUCAAGUCUUACGCAGUUGGUGCUGGUGGUCCGGUAACGGUGGUUCUCUCAUUACAUAAUACAUUGGGACCUCUUACCCUUGACCCAUUCACAAGACAAAUCUUCUGGAUCAACCGGACAACCGGAGAUAUCAAAAGUGCCUUUUAUAAUGACUCAGACUCGGUGAAGACUCUGGUAACCUCCGGUAUCAACACUGCAGGUAUUCAUUGUGAUCCAGUCAAACAAAAGUUAUUCUGGACUGACAGAAAUAAAGUGAACAGUGUGUAUACAAACGGGACUGGUGGCAAAACAGUCAUUACAACAGAUCUCAACCACAACAACAGAGGCCUGGUGGUGCACAAGGAGCUGGUGUUUUGGACAUCGUAUGGACCGUCUGCGUACAUCGACUCAGGGAACCUUUAUCACAAAGUUCAUAGAACACGCUCAACUUUUGCCUCUCAACCACUGGUGGACCUGGACAUUUUAGACAAUUAUGUCCGACAACAAACGAGAGGCGUGUGUUUUGAAAAUGGCGGAUGCGAUCACUACUGUGUACCAACAGGGGGCGCCACCAGGGAGUGUAGGUGUGAGCUGGGUUUUAAGCUACAGACGGAUGGACAGACGUGCAGCACAGAAUUUCUGUCAGUAGACCACUUUCUCAUGGCAGACCUCAUUGCUGGGCGUUUUUAUCAAGUUGACAUGAACACUGGGAAUGUGAGCGGGACUUUUAAGCCUAUGGGAAACAGUGAAACUGUGUCCGUGAAUCCCGACCACAGUAUGGUUUACUGGUCGGACUUCGUACAAAGAGAAAUUCGCUCCAGUGAUCUAACCGGAAGCAACAUGAAAACAGUUUUCACCCUAGGUGUGUGUAGAGCUCACCUUCUUCUUUAG